AGGAAAACAAUAUAAUCAAGUAUCCAGAAUCUAGACAAUUAUCUUUGAAGAUGAUCUUAUGCAGAUUUCUCUUCCACACCAAUCACAUAACUUGGAGCUUCAAAAUUUUCAGCACUGCCUUGCACAGUAGAUCUUGUACUUGCCACUUUGGUCGUUUCCUUAGCACUAAAGUUAAUCAUUACACUAUAUUGGGCAUUGAUAGGAAUGCAACAACAGAGGAUGUACGCAAUGCAUUUUUAAGCAGAUCCAAGGAAUGUCAUCCUGAUAUCAAUAUCAAAAACUCAGUCGAGAAUCAUCAGCAGUUUAUACUCGUAAAUGAGGCUUAUUCUGUUUUAAGUAAACCGUCAUCCCGUCAGAAAUAUGACUUAACUCUUCAAAAUGAGGAGCAUCUCUUUAACAGUUCAGUAAAUCAGGCUCAUAGUUCAACCACAAGGGAUGACUUUUAUGAACACCCUCGAGCUUUUCAUGAUAUCCACUCAGUGAAGCCUGAUGCUCAACGCUCUCAUAACAGACCAUACUAUGGUAUUCCUGGGAUUAACAAAGUAUCUAACAGUAGAAUAGUGGUGGCAUGUUUGAGUCUGAUGUUGGUAGGAAUAAUUCUUCAUCUCAUAGUUGUCAGCUAUUCAUUUUCGAAAUAUCAGAAAGCUUUGGAUCAAAAUGAUGCAAAAAUCUCUGCUAUGCUUCAGUCGGCAAAAGACAAAGCGAACAAGCUGCUGGAGGAAGAUCUGCUUCGUAAUUUACAGCAAAAAUCUUUGGUCCCUAGUGAAAGUAACAGCAACUCAAAUUAUGUUCCCAAAAACAAAAACUAGAAUACUUCUAAUCCCAGUACACAGACCUUGUGCAUACAUAUAAAUUUAUAUUAUAUGUAUUUAUUUAUUUAUAUUUUCAUUUGAACGAGUGUAAUUAUUUAGCCAAAAAAAAAAUUGUAAAAAUAUUAUGAACUGUAGUGAUAUUCAUCAAUGACAUUAAAAUUAAUGUUUAACAACUG